CGGAGACUACGUUCUUCUCUAGCCUUUCUUGGAGGAUCUCAGUAGCUCAGAAGAUAUUUGUCAGCUGUACCAGUCACCAUGUCUGAAGAAAUCGUCCAGAAUCCUACUGUUCCAUUCUUUACCCAUUUUCACAAUGAAAUGAAAAAUGGCAUCGUAUUUAAUAUCAAUGGCACUGUCUCCUCCUCAGCCAACAGUUUUUUUGUGAAUUUCCAGGGCAGUAUUGGUAACACCGAUGACAUUGCCCUCCAUUUCAAUGUCCGUUUUGAUGAAGGAAUUGUUAUUUGGAACACAAAGGAGCAGAAAGUUUGGGGGAAAAGAGGAGAAACAGCAAAGGUGCCAUUUACUAAGGGACAACCUUUUGAAAUCCAGAUCAUAGUUACAGACCAAGAAUACAAAGUUUCUGUCGAUAAAAAUCACUUCUUGGAUUAUCCUCACAGAAUUCCUCUGAACCGAGUCAACACUUUAGCAGUAGAUGGUGCUAUUAGUCUACAAAGGAUGGAGGUCGAACCACAAGGGAUUGGAUUCCAUCAUCAUUAUUUUCCAGGAAAACAGAGAAAUACUGUUCCAUUAGGCAGCAAGUUUCCCAGUUCCAUCAAGGCUGGCACCGUGGUCAUUAUCAAUGGAUCUAUCCCACCAUUAGCUGACAGGUUUGAUGUGAAUUUCCGGACUGGUGAUGCACAGAGGAGUGAUAUUGCCUACCAGUUUAAUCCUCGUUUGGAGGAAGGACAAGUUAUUAGCAAUGGAAGGAAAAAUAACAUUUGGCUGCAGAGUGAAGCGAAGUCCGAGAUGCCAUUUGCUAGGGAAAAACCUUUCGAACUCCGGUUCCUAGUUACAGAUGAGUCUUAUAAAGUUUAUGUGAAUGGAAAUUACUUUUUGGAUUACAAUUACAAAAUUCCUCUGAACCAGGUCAACACUUUAGCAAUAAUGGGCUGUGUUAUCCUAAAUAGAGUUGAGAUACAAGCAGAAGCGUCUGGAUUCCAUCAUCUUUAUUUCCAAGGUGAACACAUCCCAAAGUCUGUACCACUUGUGAGCCCGUUUCUCGUUGGCCCCAGUGAUGGCACC